AUGGCAUCCGGAAACGCACCUCGCCUCGGCUGGAUAGGCCUUGGCAACAUGGGCAGAGGAAUGGUCAAGAACCUCGUGGAGAAGGGCAAAUACUCCGGCCCAAUCGUCAUCUACAACCGCACAUUCGCUCGAACAGAAAAACUCGUAUCAACACUCGAAGCCGGCAAAGCGAAAGCCGUCGCCUCAAUCCCAGAAGUCGUCAAGGAAGCCGACAUCAUCUUCACCUGCGUGGCCAACGAUGCCGCCAUCGAGGAGUCAAUCGACACGGCCCUCAAAGUUCCCGAGUCGAAAGGAAAGCUCUUCGUCGACUGCAGCACCAUCCACCCGGACACCACCAAUAAAAUUGCCAAAACGAUAACCUCCGCAGGCGCACACUUCGUCGCCAACCCCGUCUUCGGCGCUCCAGCAAUGGCAGACUCAGGCCAGCUCGUCUGCGUGCUCGCGGGUCCCAAGAAAGACGUCGAGUGCGUGAAACCCUACUGCACGGGCGUGAUGGGCCGCGCGGAAAUCGACUUCUCCGACCAACACCAUGGCCAAGCCUCGCAGCUCAAAAUCAUCGGCAACACCUUCAUCCUCUCCAUGAUCGAGACCCUCUCCGAAGGCCACGUCCUCGCCGAGAAGUCCGGGCUGGGAACAGACAACCUCCACAAGUUCGUCGAGACCAUGUUCCCUGGCCCAUACACGGCGUAUUCGAACCGGAUGCGGUCGGGCGAUUACUACAACAGGGAGGAGCCUUUAUUCCAGGCGAAGCUGGCGAGGAAGGACGCUGGCCAUGCGCAGAGUCUGGCGAAAGCCAGUGGGUCGAGUCUGAAGGCGGUGGAGGUUGCUGAUGAGCAUUUGAGGCAGGUGGUGGAGCAUGCGGGGGAUAAGGGGGAUAUUGCGGGGAUUUAUGGGGCUGUGAGGAAGGAGAGUGGGUUGAAGUUUGAGAAUUAG